UAAAACUUGAUGGGAGGUGCCAGGAUCUCAGACCCCACCCCAGUGGGUCCUUUGCUAGUCUUGGUGGCCUCCACCCAAAGUCGGAGUGCAGCAACGACUUCCAUGACUCAAGUGCGGGGCGCUCCGGCACUGUCAAGGAUCGGAGCUUGCGCUUCCGGAUCUGCGGGGCAAUAUACAGGGCUCUUAGCCGGAAGGCCGAAGCAGAGAAGGGAUCGUGGAGAGCGCCACUACCCCUCCUCCUCCCUUGUCCCACCUGGUGCGAGCAGUGCUUCUCCAGCAGCGACCUGAGCUGCUCCAAGGACACGUUGAUGCGCGCCCGGCGCUUCUUCUCCAUCAGCGGCUUGGAGAUCUGCCGACCAUUUAGGAGUCAGAGCCCAGCCUCCCCGCUCUCCACCCCUCCAACCAGAGUGGGAACCCCACUCCACGCCUUUUGGGGACUCCAGACCUUUCGGAAGCUGACGAUAGCCAUCCGAGCUUGCUUCCUUGGCUUUGUGUUCGGCUGUGGCGUGCUGCUCAGUUUCAGCCAGUCCUCUUGGAAUCACUUCGGCUGGUACGUGUGCUCACUGUCAUUGUUCCACUAUUCUGAGUACUUGGUGACAGCUGUCAAUAAUCCCAAAAGCCUGUCCUUGGAUUCCUUCCUCCUGAACCACAGUCUGGAAUACACAGUCGCUGCUCUUUCUUCUUGGAUAGAGUUCACCCUGGAAAAUAUCUUUUGGCCAGAGCUGAAGCAGAUCACCUGGCUCAGCGCCACGGGGCUGCUCAUGGUGGUCUUCGGCGAAUGCCUGCGCAAGGCGGCCAUGUUCACUGCCGGCUCCAACUUCAACCACGUGGUGCAGAAUGAGAAGUCAGACACCCACACUCUGGUGACGAGCGGGGUGUAUGCUUGGUUCCGGCACCCUUCCUACGUGGGCUGGUUUUACUGGAGCAUUGGAACCCAGGUGAUGCUGUGUAACCCCAUCUGUGGUGUCGUCUAUGCCCUGACUGUGUGGCGCUUCUUCCGAGAUCGAACUGAGGAAGAGGAAAUCUCACUGAUCCAUUUCUUUGGAGAGGACUACCUGGAGUAUAAGAGGCGGGUGCCCACAGGCCUGCCCUUCAUAAAGGGGGUCAAGGUGGAGCUAUGAUGGGGGGCCCCAGGGGACUGACUGCCAGGACAGAGCGCUCUGGUCGGCCACUGCGGAGUGGGUCUUCUGAACCCUCUUCUGUGUCAAUACCACUACUCUGGAAUGUCUCCGAGACCUCGGGGUCAGAAAGCCUUGGGACCCAGGCACCAGCUGGAGCAGUUUUGUGCUGGACCCAGGUAGGGCGUUGGCUGCUGAGGAGUGUGGAGCAGAUCACAGCAAUAUUCAUCAGUGCCCCUUCCAAGUGACUGGGCAGGACCCGGGCCACCCUGUUCGGGCCUCCUCAGGAGAGAGGCACACACGUCUGCUGCGUGGGGCGUGAGUGUCGCUGCACGUUAGCGUGAGAAGUGCACUGGAAACCUUUCAUGUUGCUGAGAACACUGCAGCGGCCCUGACCUCUGUCAUGUCCACUGAUGCGAUGCACGCGCAUCUGUGUAACAGGACCCUUCCACUGUUCUUUAUACACAGCUGUGUAAGCGCAGGGGCUUCUGGGACUGCCUGGUCCAGCUUGCAUUUGCUGGCAAGCAAGCACAGACCCUGACACAGUUUGCCCGGUGGCUUUAGGUGACUGUGGCCCUGGAGUCUCCCUGGGAUCCUGGCUCUUGCUGCCUCUUCGCCAUGACAGGCAGGUCACAGCUGUGUCACUUUUCCUCUGUCCAGAAAGUGCUUACUGGAUACCUGCUCUAUGCAGACCCUGAAAUUCCCUGCUGGCCAUUUAUUUGGGAUUCUGUUCUCAUCUUCCCAUAGCUUGUGUUUCUGUGUCUCCAUGUAAAUCCAUCCAGCGAUGUUUUCUGUGUUCUCUGCUGUCAAAUUCACAUCCUCCCCAGUGCAGGUCCAAGCUGCCUUUCGCAAGGGGUCCAGCACAUCAGCUGAUUGGGCAUUCGACUCCUGAAGAUGAUCUGAAGUACAGCACAUCAUCCCAGCUGGGGUUCUGUUGACGUCCUUGUCCAGCAAGUUCGGGGAGAGGAGCAGGCAUUGGGGUCAGACAGCCGGGGUCCUCGGUGUGUCCUGGACCGCAAGGGAACUUGGUCUUGGUGUGAGAGCAGCCUGCACAGCUUUGCAGGAGCACUGGUGAGGUGGCGGCGUGCUCAGCUCCGUCUGCAGUGGGGUCUGUGCCACCCACCUCCCAGGAUGCUGUGAGGACUUUCGAGUACCAGUGCCCGGCGUUUCAGAUGCAACAGUGCAGAUCUGUGGUUUAAAAGCUACAUGUAAAUGUGCUGUUUGGUUACCUGUGCAGAUUCCUAGUGUGUGUGUUCAAGAGUGUUUUACCAGCUUGGAAACAUUGCUUAUUUCUAGAUUCCA